GCUGCGCUGACGGGAACGGGUAGGCGGAACAUCCCGGUUCCCCCUGCCCCGCGGCCCGGUUAACCCGCGGCUGCCCGCCCGGAGCCAGGAAACAAACUCAGAAGGAUGAAGCCUAAUAAAGGAAAGACUUUAACUAAAGAGAGAGACUAUGUGUACAAAUUCAAUGCUGGAAAUGAACAUUUGAUGCUUACCGUGCCUCUCAAAUUCCCUGUGCAAGAGAAUAUCAGUCAUUUGCAUGGACGUCUGAUGGUUCUGCACAACCUGCCAUGCUUUAUAGAAAAUGACCUGAAGCAAUCUCUUAGUAAAUUUGUAGAAGAGGAAACUAUAAAAGAUUAUGACAGAGAAGCUGAAGUGGCUCUGGAAGCAGUGAAAUUGGGAAAAGUAGACAUCAACCAGCUGGCAGAUACUUGGGCUAAAGCUUAUAAGGAGACAACAUUAGAACAUGCCAAACCUGAAGAAACCAGUUGGGAUGAAGAUUUUGCAGAUGUUUAUCAUGAUCUGAUCCAUUCUCCAGCUUCUGAAAUGCUGUUAAACCUGGAAUACAAUUAUUUUGUUAGCAUUUCAGAAUUAAUAAGUGAAAGGGAUGUGGAACUGAAAAAGCUACGUGAAAGGCAAGGAGCUGAAAUGGAUAAGGUGAUGCAGGAGCUUGGAAAGUCACUGACUGACCAGGAUGUGAAUUCCUUAGCAGCUCAGCAUUUUGAGUCUCAGCAGGAUUUGGAGAACAAAUGGACCAAUGAAUUAAAACAGACUACUGCUAUCCAGAAGCAAGAAUACCAGGAGUGGGUGAUAAAGCUUCAUCAGGACCUAAAGAAUCCCAACAACAGCUCAGUCAGUGAUGAAAUUAAAGUUCAGCCCAGCCAGCUGAGGGAAUCUGUGGAAGGAAAUGGGAGAAUCUAUGAAGAGCAAAGGCUGUUAGAAGAAAGCUUUACUAUUCACUUAGGAGCUCAGCUGAAGACCAUGCACAACCUGAGGCUGCUGAGAGCUGAUAUGUUGGAUUUCUGCAAACACAAGCGCAAUCACCGCAGUGGGGUGAAGCUGCAUAGGCUGCAGACUGCGAUGUCCCUCUACUCAACUUCCCUCUGUGGCCUGGUGUUACUGGUGGAUAACAGGAUCAGCUCAUAUAGUGGAAUCAAAAGAGAUUUCGCAACUGUUUGCCAAGAAUGCACGGAUUUCCAUUUUCCUGGAAUCCAAGAACAACUUGAAAUUGUCCAGAAGGUUGUACUUAAGGCCAGAGCACAGCGUGGCAGCAAGACAAAGAGACACCAUGAAAACAAAAUCAGUGGGAAUGAAGAUAAAUUAAUGAAUAUCGAACGAAACCAGUCGAACAUUUUGCCGGGAGAGUUCUACAUCACACGACACUCAAACCUCUCAGAAAUCCAUGUUGCCUUUCACCUGUGUGUGGAUGACAAUGUCAGGUCUGUGAAUGUGACUGCCCGGGACCCAGCCAUCAUGGGGCUCAGGAACAUCCUCAAGGUGUGCUGCACACAUGACAUCACCACCAUCAGCAUUCCCCUCCUGCUGGUGCAUGAAAUGUCAGAAGAGAUGACCAUUCCAUGGUGCCUGAAGAGGGCAGAGCUCGUGUUCAAGUGUGUCAAAGGUUUCAUGAUGGAAAUGGCCUCGUGGGAUGGAGGAAUUUCUCGGACUGUACAAUUCCUGGUACCACAGACAAUUUCUGACGAAAUGUUUUACCAGCUGAGUAACAUGCUGCCACAGAUCUUCAGAGUAUCCUCCACACUGACUCUGACCUCCAAGCACUGAUUUCUGUGGGGCACUAAUCUGUAGCCUAUUGGCAGAGAAUGAGAUUAAGGAGGUUCUGGACUAGGAUGUCUCUUUCCUGUGGACUGAUGACCCCAAAGUGGCAUUUGUUGCAAUUUCAAGAAUUGUGUUGUAAUAAAAGAUAAAUGUUGUCUGUA